AUGAUGGAAACUGCAGAUGACUCAUUGCUUCGAGCAUUGAAUGCAAAAGCUGCUGGAACCGUAGCAAUAUUCGACAAAGGAGAAUACUACGCCUGCUAUGGUGCUGAUGCAGUCCUCUUGGCCACUGAAGUUUUCAUGAGCGAUGUCUGCUUGAAAACACUCACAGUGAAAGGAGAGUUGCUCCAGUAUCUCACUAUGAACCAUGGGCAGUACCAAAGAACUGUACGUGAGCUGUUAAUGUUCUUGCGUUACCGUAUCGAGUUGUAUGGUUUGGAACAAGAUCAGUGGAUUCUGAAAGCAAAGGGUACGAUAGGAAACCUCGGCGAUUUCGAAGAUAUUGUUGGAGAUGUUCCGGGGUGUGGCAACGUAAUUAUGGCGAUAAAAAUUGGGAGUGGAGAGGACAACACUGUGAGUGUAUGUUUUGUAGACCUUAUGGAAUUUCGUGUACUAACAUCAGAAUUCAUUGAUUCGCCACUUUUUUCCCAUGUCGAGCAGUGUAUAGUUGGCAUCGCACCUCGUGAAUGUCUUGUUUACGUUGACAAUGGGAAUUGUCAGUUCAGUGGCAAAGACCGUCCUAAAAAAUUGAGCGCUCUCCUUAAGAAAGUAGGGGUGCUUGAAACGAAGACUGCUUCUAUGGUAGAAAUAUGCGACUGGGAAGAAGUAUCAAAUAUUUUUCGUACUGGCUGUGACUAUGCUUCGCUUUCUGAAUCUAUCAAACGUUGCCUUUGCGGUUUGUACAACUAUCUCAAAAUGACCGAGCAAGAGGCCUAUCUAAAUAAGUUCUCCUUGUCCGAUUUUCGUACUUCUGGAUUCAUGCAAAUAGAUGCAGGAGCUGUUCGUGCACUUGAACUGUUCUCACUGAAUUAUCACCAAGAAGCUAAAGGAAGUUGUGGGACUGUUUUCGGUUUAAUGAAUAAGUGCCGAACAGCCGCUGGACAAAGACUACUUCGGGAAUGGCUAGCGCGUCCAUUAUGCGAUCUAAGGCAAAUUACCGAUCGUCAAGAUGUUGUGGAAUCCCUUGUAAUGAACGCCGAGGUUCGCGGAACUUUAAGUGAUGUGCUUCUCCCGAAGGUUCCUGACAGCACUACUCUUGCGAGAAAGCUACUUCUAAGCAGGGCUAAACUACAGGACUGUUACCGCGUUUAUCAAUUGGCUCUACUCCUGCGGCAUUUCGAGAGAUCGUUGCGCGACCUCUUCGACAAUGAUGAGAAGAACAGGCCUGCCAUCAAGGAUCUAAUGCUUGAACCUAUCUGCUAUGCGCUUCUGCACUUCAAAAAAUAUUGCGAGCUGAUCAGUAGUACCAUAGACGAGGAUUACCUUGAGAAGACAGGGGAUUUUCGAAUACGACCGGAUAUCGACCCUGAGCUUCUCCGGAUCAGCGAUGACAUGCAUGGUUUGGAGAAGAAAGCUGAGAAAGCUAAAGCACACUUAGCAACUAAGUUGGAUCUUGAAUCCAUCAAGCUGGAUUCAAAUCCUCAAUUGGGAUUUUUCUACAGGGUCACGCUAAAGGAAGAAAAGAACAUUCGAAAGUGCAAGUUUAUAACUGUCAUCGAUACAAGCAAAGGUUCUGGGGUGCGCUUCAAUGAUGGUGAUUUGGCUGAAAUAAACGAGCGCUAUCAAGUGCUGAGUAACAUCUAUCGAACCGCUCAACAAGAUCUGGAAAGAAAAGUUGUCGCCACUUGCGCUGGUUAUGCGUUUGCCCUCAGUGAACUCAGCAACGCAUUAGCCACAAUCGACGUGCUAACAAGUUUAGCUCGAUUGGUUGCGGAUUCCGCUAGCGAAUACGUGAGGCCGAAGCUUGAGCCUAUGGGCAGUGGAGUGUUUGAACUGAAGAAAUGUCGCCAUCCUGUAUUGGAAGUUCUGCUUGAUGAACAUUUCAUUCCAAACGAUGUUGAUCUUGGAACAAAUCGAAUGAUUAUUUUAACCGGUGCAAAUAUGGGCGGAAAGAGCACUUACCUCAGAUCUGUUGCUAUUUCGGCGUUGCUGGCUCAGAUAGGCAGCUUUGUGCCUGCUUCGUACGCACAUCUUUCGAUAGUGGAUGGUAUCUUCACACGUGUUGGUGCGAGUGAUCAGCAGACAAGAGGCAUUUCCACAUUUAUGGCCGAAAUGCUUGAUAGUGCUACAAUCUUAGAGACUGCUACAUCCAACUCAUUGGUGAUAGUGGAUGAGUUGGGUCGAGGAACUUCAACAUACGAUGGGUUUGGACUGGCUUGGGCCAUCGCAAAAGACUUAUUAACAAGGGUGCGAUGUUAUUGUUUGUUUGCAACCCAUUUUCACGAAAUGGGAGCGAUUGCAAAUUAUCCUGGAGCAGUUGCUAUGCAGAUGUCUGUAGCCGUAGAAGACGGACAACUUGCAAUGUUAUAUGAAAUACGUCCAGGCGUAGCUCAGAGCUCUUUUGGUAUCCAUGUCGCCCGUACAGUAGGAUUUCCUGAGAAUAUUAUCGAAGAAGCGUCGUGUUUCCUUAACGAACUAGAGAAAGUGACAAGUGAACCAGAAAUAAACGAAGCCAUAAAGAAAUUGCAGUCGGCUGACGACAGUGAAUUAAUGCAGAUAUUGACUUGA